GCUCUACUGGAUGCACUUUUGGAGAAAACCUCAGGCGGUCCUGUGGCUGCGCGAAGUGAAAAGGCUACAUCGAAGAGGAGGACCAAAGUAGAUCAGGAAGUUUCGGAGAAAGCUGGCGCAAAGUUAGAGAAGGUGGUGGAAUUUCCAGACGCCGAGGAAGCCCCCAGCCAAUCUACCGGCAAGCCGAGAAAAGGCGAGGGCCAUGGCAAAGACGCAGACAAGGACCAUAGCAAGAAGGAUGCAAGUGAGCGAAAGCCAAGUCCCACUCGAAGCCAUUCAGGAAAGGACCAGCGCAAGGAAGCCAGGGACGACCCUGAAUCAAAAGGCAAGGAGGGCUCACACCUCGAAGUGCCAAAGAACAGCACCAGGGGGAAGCUUCAGCAGGAGGGGAGCAAAGCUCACCUGGAGCCUACUGAGCCAGCUGAGUCGGUAUCAGCCGUGUCGCAGCAAAGCUCGCGUAGCCGAAAGACCGAUGUCACUGAAGAUGAGGAGGCUGAGGGCGAGGAUGGCAAACAGACCAAGAGGAUCAAACUACAAAAGCAGCCAGACAUGGCACUGUACGAGCAGGCCGAGGCCUUCAACAAAACCCUUCCAGCAAAAGUUGAUUUCAGUGUGUCGCAGGCCCUGGCAGAAGUGGACGACGAUGGCCGAACUCCCCUAGGGCUGGCGGUGCAGGCCGGCCAUGUGCGCGUGACCCUGCUGCUCUUGGAGAGAAAGGCAUCUUUGGAGGUGGCUGACAAAACAGGCAACACGAUUCUGAUGCUGGCAGCGCGAGGUUCGUCUCGUACCACUCUGAUGAUUGUGGAGCACCUCCUGGCGGCACGUGCAGAUGUGCAGGCUCAAAACGACGACAAAUGCACCGCAGCAGACGUUGCCAAGGUACCGAAGGUGCGAAAUUUUCUCAAAAAUCAGAUCGAGCGGCUCCAGGUCGGCAAGAAGCUCGGUCAGUCGCAGAGCCUUCCUGCUUUGAAGGCUGCUGCACCCGAGCGGAGGAACAGCCGGAAUAGCGAGUCUGAAGAGUCUCCCCCGCAGCCGGCAUCAAUGUUGCCAGGCGGACGAGUUCGUCUCGAACACUUGCCCGCCAAUGUUCCGCCAGACAUUCUGGAGGACGCAAUCCUUACCUUGGUGAGCCUGCGUCGUGCACCGCAACCCAGGGCGAUCGAAGUUGCGGUGCACCCCAUCACCCAACAAACGCUAGGCCACGCUUACGUGGACUACGAUGACGAGGUGUUGGCAAUACAGCUUGCCGAUGCCAAAUGCGAUGCCAAGAAGGAUCCGUUUCGAGGCACAGUGCAGCUCCUCAAAGAGGAAUGCUUUCGCCCCCUGCGCCGAGCCUCUCGAGCCUCUCAGGGAUCCUUGUGA